UUAUAACCUGUGUACCAGAAAGAUACAAAAAUUGAGUACUCUUACUUUAUGGACAUGUCUUUUAGUCAUGGAAUAACUCUUUGGGUUUACUUGUUUGUAACAUUUUUUAAAAGCAUAUCUACCUAAAGUGCAGUCCACUGUGACCUUACAAGUCAACAAAGUGGCCUUUGUAACCAU